CUACAAAUAUAGUCAGUUGCGUUCUGCACAUAAAUUAAUUAAGCAAUCGAUCAUUUCGAGAUCUCAAGGAAUUCGCAUCUAGCUGCAAAGACAAAACUGCAACGGAAACCAAAAGAGAUGUUGUUUGAUUGUUUAAUCAGUUUGUUUAAGCUAAUGCUGAUGCGUUGUCAAUGGCCGGUGAAGAGCUGCAAACUGAUCACUUGAAGCUUUGAUUUAUGGCCACGAAGAGCAGCAGCAACAACAGCCAUCAAACACAACAGGUCACAUUAAAGGAAGCCAGAGGAGACCUGAUGCGAGUGCGAGUGGGAGCGAGAGGGCGAUACGAGCGUCGAGUAGAUCAUCAAGUCAAAUGUCAGAGGUUCGCAUAGCCAAAUAAUUGAGCAAUUAAUUAGCCACGAUAUUAUAGAAGAAAAAAAAAUCAAAUGAUAGCAACAACAGCAACAACAACAGAAAUAUGAAUAGUGUAUAUUGAAUAUUGUGUAUUUUGAGGAGGGAAUCGCUUUGGGGCCUAAAUAAUCGACUAUAAAAACCCAAAUGGCAGCGAGGAGCAGCAACAGUUAAUCAACAACUGAAGCCCAACCAAGUCUAACUCCAAAAUGCGUCUCUUUGUGACUCUUUGCACGCUCCUCGCCUUGGCGCAGGCCAAGCCGCAGGGCUACAACUAUGGCAGCGGCGUCUCUGGUACUCUUGGCGGUGGCGGUCACAGUGGCUCUUUUCUCAGCGCACCUAGCGCCUCCCAAAAUGUGGCUAGCUAUGGACCACUGGGCGCCUUCCAGGGUGCCAGUGUUGGGUCACUGCUGAGCAGCUCCGGCGGCGGCUCAGGACAUGGCCAGCACGGCAGCACGGUUGGUUAUGGCGGCGGCUCAUCCUCGAACUAUGGUGGCGCUGCUCCAUUUGGGGGCAACACUUAUACCCAAAGCGGCGGCGGCUACAAUGGCGGACGCACCACCUCUGGCUUUGGCGGCGCCAGCUAUGGCGGCGUUGACAGUGGCGCGAACAGUUUUGCCGGCUUUGGACCCACGCCCAACAUUGGGUUUGGAGGCCUUGCCGGAUACCAGGCGCCCAACAACCAGCAGCAACAGCAGGAGGAGCAACGCGUUGCCUUUGAAGCGCCACUUGUGCACAAACAGUUCAUAACUGUGGCCGCGCCCGAAGAGCAUGAGAAUCUGGAACGUGUCAAGCAUCUGGUUAUUGGUCGUCCCCAGAAGAACUAUCGCGUCGUCUUCAUCAAGGCGCCCUCGUCGAGCAGCGCCAACGUUAAGCUAUCGGCCGAGUAUGCACCCAAGGAGGAGAAGACUGUCAUCUAUGUGCUCAGCAAGAAGGACUCUACGCUCGAGGUCAACGAUAUUGCAACACCCGCGCCCACUAUUCCCAGCAAGCCGGAAGUCUUCUUUAUCAAGUACAAGACCGAAGCAGAGGCAUCUCAUGCCCAGCAGCAGAUUCAGGCCGAAUACGAUCGCAUCGAGGGCAGCUCGGAACAUACCGAUGGGGGCGUGGCACCUGCCCAAUCUGUUGUCGGCAUAUUGGAUGCCGGCAGCAACGGCUCUGCUGGCGGCCAAACUGUCAUCAACAGCAGCGGCCAAUCUGGCAGCCAUGGCAUCAUCAGCGGCAGCGGCGGCGGCAGCAUCGGCCUGGGCAAUGUGCACAGGAGCAGCCAGAGCUCGACAUAUCUGCCGCCUAGCCAUUAG